AUGAAGGUCAAGAAACACUCAGUCUGCCAGACCUGCCGAUCGAGGAAGAUUGGGUGUGAUGGAAAAAACCCUGAAUGCACCCAGUGUCAUCUAACAGGACGAAAAUGUCCUGGAUACCCCGUUGAGUGGUCUUUCGUUGAGCAGAGCCGACCGGAGAGUUUUCAGGACAGAGGAUCACAGUCGAAAGUCCAGGAUCGAAACCUCCAUGCUCGAGAACUUUCAAGAUAUGCUCCACCACUCAGGGACCAGCAACCCGGGCCAUCCAACGAGUUUUAUCUGCACAGACCAACAGCAACUCACGACCUUAAAUUCGCCAACCUCAUUGGCCUCAUUAUACGGAGCUAUGUGCCUGACGAGGAGAUACGCCCCAGCAGGAAUAUUUCCCAUGAGCUGGCACCUCGCAUAUGUGGAUCUUGGGUCGAAGUGCUUCCCGAACUAAAUGAGUUGACUUGCAGCGAUGUCGUCUCCACUGCCUUGACUGCUUUAGGUACUUCAAUCAUGUCCCAAAAUCUCCCCGAGGAUGCUCUCAGUAUCGACAGCGCACGUAGCUACUUGGCAGCUAUUCAGACGAUGCAAAAAGCACUCGGUGCAGCCGAAAAUCACUCGGAUCGAGAACUCCUAGUAUCGAUCAUGUGCCUCAGCUUGGCCGAGAUCAUGUUUCCUGGGUCAUCUGAAGGCUUAACAGCGCAUACCAAUGCUGUUGCGCAGAUUCUCAAAGCCCAUGGACCGGAGCGUUACCAAACAGGGAUUCUGCAUAAGUUGUUUAUCGGCUUCCAUGAUAAAAGCCAUUCAGGAUCGGACGACGUCAUUCCUGCAUACAGUGGAUUGGAUCAGAGUCCCGUUCGCAAAAUUCAGCCCAUCCAUAAUGCAGAGGCUCCUUAG